GGAGCAGACAUGGAUAUGGAGAUGCUGGAGUCAUACAGUCAGAAAAAAUCACCUCCGGCCCCACCGGUCAGGUCGCACAGUAAGGAGAGCCUGGCGCUGAGCAUGAGCAAGACCGUGGCACUGAGCGAGGCGCUGCUGGAGCCCUGCGGCCCCACAGCCCAGCCAGGAGGGAAGGAGCCAGAAGGAGGGGGCCCAAAGGAGCAAGGGAGGAAGAGCGAGGAGGAGGAGGAGGAGGAGGAGAAAGUGCUCAAAGUCGCCGACGCGAAGAAAACCUUUGAGAAGGCAAAAGCAGAGGGGAAGGCAGCGACUGGCAGCACCCGGAAAGACACAAUGAGGCGAGUGGUACGACAGAGCAAAUUCCGGCAUGUGUUCGGCCAGGCCGUGAAGAACGACCAGUGCUACGAUGACAUCCGCGUCUCCCGCGUCACCUGGGACAGCUCCUUCUGUGCUGUGAACCCCAGGUUCGUUGCCAUCAUCGUGGACGCGAGCGGCGGCGGGGCCUUCCUGGUGCUGCCUUUGCACAAGACGGGCCGAAUUGACAAGUCCUACCCAACGGUGUGCGGGCACACGGGACCGGUGCUGGACAUUGACUGGUGUCCCCACAAUGACCAGGUCAUCGCCAGCGGUUCUGAGGACUGCACCGUCAUGGUGUGGCAGAUUCCCGAGAACGGGCUCACGCUGUCCUUGACAGAGCCAGUGGUAGUUCUAGAAGGCCAUUCGAAGCGAGUGGGCAUCGUGGCUUGGCACCCGACGGCGCGCAACGUGCUGCUCAGUGCAGGCUGUGAUAAUGCAAUUAUCAUCUGGAACGUGGGAACAGGUGAAGCCCUCAUCAACUUGGAUGACAUGCACGUGGAUGUGAUCUACAACGUGAGCUGGAAUCGCAAUGGCAGCCUAAUCUGUACAGCUUCCAAAGACAAAAAAGUUCGAAUCAUUGACCCCAGGAAACAAGAAAUCAUCGCUGAGAAAGAGAAAACCCACGAGGGAGCCCGGCCCAUGCGAGCCAUUUUCCUCGCUGAUGGAAACAUCUUCACGACCGGCUUCAGCCGCAUGAGCGAACGGCAGCUGGCCCUCUGGAAUCCAAAAAACAUGGAGGAGCCAAUAGCCCUUCACGAGAUGGACACCAGCAACGGGGUCCUGCUGCCGUUCUACGACCCAGAUACCAACAUUAUUUACUUGUGUGGCAAGGGUGACAGCAGCAUUCGCUACUUUGAGAUCACGGAUGAGUCCCCCUACGUUCACUACCUCAACACCUUCAGCAGCAAAGAGCCGCAGAGGGGGAUGGGGUUCAUGCCAAAGAGGGGCCUUGAUGUGAACAAGUGCGAGAUUGCCAGGUUCUUCAAGCUUCAUGAGCGGAAAUGUGAGCCCAUCAUCAUGACGGUCCCUCGAAAGUCGGACCUCUUCCAGGACGACCUGUACCCCGACACAGCCGGCCCAGAGGCAGCGCUGGAAGCGGAGGAGUGGUUUGAGGGGAAGAACGCCGAUCCCCUUCUCAUUUCCUUGAAGCACGGGUACAUUCCUGGCAAGAACAGGGAUCUCAAGGUGGUCAAGAAGAAUAUACUGGACAACAAGCCUGCUGCGAACAAGAAAAGUGAUCUCAUAAGUGCUCCAAAGAAAGCAGCUGAUGCCUCAGACGCUCAAAACGAAGCCAAAUUGGAUGAGAUUUUGAAAGAGCUGAAAUCCAUCAAGGACACGAUCACCAACCAAGACGAGCGCAUUUCCAAGCUGGAACAGCAGAUGGCGAAGAUUGCGGACUGAGCGGGGCUGGCGGGCGCUGCCAGCCCAACACAUUCCAGUUCCCCCAGUUCGGCAAGCAGCAGCGUGCAGCAUUCCAGUACGAGCUUUCCCGUUCUCCCAACAAAUUCACGUCAACGAGAGCCGAUGAUUAAAAGCCAAGCUUUUUAGUGAAAGAUUUUUUUUUUUUCCCCCCUGAUGUUUUAAUGAAUUUACGUGACUGUGUCAAACAAUUCAACGAGAAUUAAGUGCUACUUUUACAGUCUUUUUUUUUUUUUUUUUUCCAGAUGUUGAAUUCUUGAAAAGAAAACCCAUUAUGACUUUCAAUGUUGUGCCCAAAUAUCUUUUCUAGAUUUAGGGACCAAUGCCACAUUGUUCGUAACCAUUUUUUUUUUUUUUUUAAAGUUGCCAAAAAAAAAAAAAAAAAAAAGAAAGAAAAAAGAAAAAAAAAAGUCGCUUUUUUUUUUUUUUAAAUUUUAUUUGCCACUUUGCAGUAUUUGUGUUUUAAAUUCAAAGGGACAGCACCGUGUGUGUGUGUGGCGCGUGCGUGGAUGGGGGUGUUUAUACUGUUUAGAGAUCGGAACUGAAGCUAUUUUGUAUAAAUCUUCAAUGUUGAACAAUCAGAUCAGUUUCCCUUGCAGUGUGGCUGCUGCUGAGCCCCUCGGAGGUGACUUUCCUGCCUUCCUAAUGCCUUCUGAUGACAGCUGACAAAUAUAUAUAUCGUUCUGAACGAAGCGAUUCGUGCCACAAUGCCUCUUCUCCUUUGUACACCCUGCAGGACUCCUGAACCAGCGUCGUGCUGCCCAUGGAAAAGAGCUUGGGAUCGUUCCAGCUGUGUCCAAACAGACAUGUGCUCGUUGCUGGGUUUUAUGUUAAGGCAGAAGUGACCUCCGUGCAGGCAGUGGUGUUGUGUUGUUGGGGUACAAAGCUUAAGGUGUGCAGUGUCAGCAGCCUGCAGGACACGCAGCUUCUGUGCUGAGUCCGUGGCAGCCGUGUGCGUGGCUGUAAAUGUGUGCCUGCACCACCGGCCUCGUCAGCUUGUUUGCUUUCAGAAGCUUCUAAAAGCUGUGACUUUGCAAUUCUUUGUCCCAAACUUUAGUGCUGAUGAUAGAAAUUCGGACUCUGCUCUGAGGAGCAGCCAGGCCACUUUCCGGAUGGGUCUCCAGAAACAAAAUGCCUUCGAUUGUUGUUGAUGUUUUCCCUCCCUCUGUCAUCCCUGCCUUAAAACUUUGCAGGAAACUGUUUAUUCCCGGAUGAGGUCGGCAACCCUCAUCCCCUUUGAGGUCCUCAGCUGAAAGGUGCAGGACCUGCCAAGCUCGCUGCUGGGUUUCUGCUGCUCACACGAGGUCUGCACUGCCAGCGGGGUGCCCGGGCAUGGGUCAGGCGUGUUCCUGGCCCUGUAUCUGGCUAUAGGAUUUCCCAUAGGUGUGCCCAGGAUGGUGCUGCCCAGCCAAGCUCUGCCAGCCCUCAGGCUUCGCUGUGUUGAUGCUGCCCAUAUGCAGUGCCCGGUAUCCCUUGUCAAACCCAAUGUGAGCAAAACUAUUGGGGUCAGAGUGACAUCCAGGAAGCAGUCAGCAGCUGACGAGCCCCCAGUCCCGUCCCAGCUGUGCUCUGGUCCUUGACCCAGCGCGGCUGCGGCGUGUGUGCCCAUGUGUGCGUGCUUGGAGCCAGGCUCAGAGCAGCGGCGGGGUGCGUCCCUUCAUCCAGGCUGAUCCUUUUUUUCCAUUAGGUUAGCUAGAAAGCCUCAAAUCCCCCAUUAGGUUGGAUUUUUUGUUGUUGUUGUUUUUUUAUUUCCAGUGUUUGCAUGUUCACUCCUUACCCGCUAAGGAUUCUCUGUGCUGGAGGGAUGUCCGUGUUGGUGAGCGUGGGGACAGCUAGGACAAGUAGCAGAGAGGCACGAGGAUGGGAUGCAAAAGGCAGAGAAUGUGUUACGAUCCCAUAGCACGAAAGCUUCUUAAAAGUGUUUUUAGGUGGGGGUGGGGGUGACCGCUGGUGCCGUGUCGCAGCCCUCCAGGUCGUGGGGCAGUUUGGUGACGUUUCUGUGCCGCAGUACAUGGCUGAGCUGAUGGGUCGUUGCUUUUGGAAAUCAAAACCGAACGUUCCGCUCCCCCAAAACGGUGAUCUCUGUGUUGAUGUGCGUGUGACUUCAGGGUGGUUGUGUGCUUGGGGAGACCUUUCGUUUUAUUUUUAUUUUUUUUUUUCUGAUUGGAGGGAAAUAAAAGUUUCUGAACCGCUGGAUGGAGGUGCCCAGAUGGGUUGGUGUGCGGUGGAGGUUUGAGGAACGGCCGCCGUGGCUGCGAGCUUAUAGCUUGUACUUUAUUUAAAUGAACUGAUGAUGCCUAGCCAGGCUCAGCCAGAGUCAGUGCCUGAAGCUUUUUGUAGCCGCGAUAUCCCAGAAGAGAACCAGCGACGUCCUGAAAGAUGCGCUCUUAUAGAGCGGCCAUAGUAUCUGUCCAAAUAUUUGCUUCCAUUUUCAAGAGAUAAAAAGUCAUUGAUUACAAA